UCUGUGUCACACCGAACUGCAUUUGUCAAGAAGCUAUCGCGAAGUUUAUUAUACGUAGAAAAAAGAAAAUAACUGAAUUAAAAUGAAGUUAUUAAUUGUAUUGGGUGCCGUGUUAUUGGCCCUCAAUCAGUUGGUUGUGGCCAAAACUCACAAUGUGAUUUGUUACUACGAUACCUCCAGCAUAAUGAGAAUAGGAGCAGCAAAUUUUACCAGCAAAGAUCUUGAAACAUCCCUGCAACUUUGCACACACGUGGUCUACGGUUAUGCGGCUAUUAGAAGAUCCACAUACGAAAUUGUGCCCGGUGAUAAACGACAAUUGCCUUUGUUCCAGCAAGUUAAUGUCCUUAAGAAGAGGUACCCCAACGUAAAAUUCCUCUUGAGUAUGGGUGGUAACGCGGACAAACGGAAUCCACACAAAUAUAUGGAACUUUUGGAGAGUAACCGUGAUCAAAAGAGAGGUUUCAUAAAUUCCGUUUUGGGAUUUUUACGUAACUAUCAGUUUGAUGGUUUGGAUUUGGCCUAUCAAUUUCCCGAAGAAAAACCAAUUUUAGACGAGUCUCUGUUGAAGAGGGUGUUCUCGGCCGCCAAAGAAAAGGUGUCCAGCAAUUUGGAUAAAAACAAAGUUCCAACAAAGGUCGUAUCCGUGGCGGAACGUCGAAUGCAGUUAACACAAUUAAUUGGCGAUUUGAAACAGGCCAUGAGAGGCAGUAAUUUGUUGUUGUCUUUGACCGUACUGCCCAAUGUUAAUUCAAGUCUUUAUUUCAAUGUUCCCGUGAUUAUGGGCAAUUUGGAUUUUGUAACUUUGGCGACAUUUGAUUACAGCACUCCACAACGUACGCCAAAACAAGCUGAUUACUUGGCACCACUGCAAGCCUUGCCACCAAAUAAACUACGCAAUCCACAGGCAAAUGUUGAUGCCCAAAUACGCUAUUGGUUGGGACAGGGUGCCAGUUCGGCUCAGCUCAAUAUGGGUAUCGCUGGUCAUGGUCGCACAUGGCAAUUCAAAAAGUUACUGAAGAGUGACAAAAUGCCCAUUAGAUCGUCCCUAGAUGGUCCUGCUGCGGCAGAUGCUAAUGUCCGUAAAACAGGUAUAAUGGCAUGGCCAGAUGUCUGCACCAAAGUUAAGCAAAUGACAAAAUAUGAAGAUAAAAUCUCUGGCAACUAUGCCUACAAUGCGCCACAAGUUAAGGGUAGCACUGGACUGUUGAUUACCUACGAGAAUGUGGCCAGUAUUGCUGAGAAAGCGUCCUAUGUAAAAUCUCAUAAGUUGGGUGGUAUGGCCUUGUUUGAUCUUAGCCUAGAUGACGUUCAUGGUGUUUGUAGCGGUGAGAAAUUCCCAUUAUUGAAAACUAUACGCAAUAAAUUAAUCUAGGACAUUAUUUUAAUCAAAUAUAAAAUUUUUGUUGUAAAUAAAAUAAAAUAAAAGUUGUUAAUAGCA